GCCCACUGGUAAUAACCUUUCUGACUUGUUUGAAGAACAUCCGAUCGCCUAUUUGUACAGACAGGCCUUGGAUUAACUUUUCGUGUUAUCUUUGAGUGUGAGGUUAUACAUUUGUUUUGUUUAUAUUGAUUGAGCACUUGUGAUGCUUGCUCUAGAAAGGUGCUGCACAUUUAAACUUUACUCACUGAAUUACUUAGUCACCUUGUCCUGGUAAAAUGUCCUUGAACAAGAUGGGGAACCUCCUUCUUCCUUUAUCCCUGUACUGUAAAUUGCUGUGGAUAAGCCCAUCAGCUAAACACCUGUAAUGUAGAUGUAAACUCCCUACUUAUGCCAACACGUUGCUGUUGAGACUGGAAUCAGCAGGAGCCCAGGGGUGGAGGAGGGUGGGAUGCUGGGAAGCAGUGAAAGGUGAAUCAGCCUCCACCUUUGUUUCCAAGUGGCCCCGCUGGCUUUGUUUUGGAGCAGAAUGAAUUAUUAACGGUGGCCUUCUGGUCGUGUUUUUCAUCAGUGUCCACCUCCAAAGGUAAAGAGCACUGUGCUGAGAGAUCUCCAUUGACUGGCUCCUUCCAUCGUGACAGCACAACUGUCUACUUUUUUUUUCAAUCUUCACUUUGUCUGUCUUUAUUUUUAGUUUUCCUUUCUUUCUGACCCCUCUCUCUGUUUUUCCAUCACACUGUUUCUCUUGAAUGGCCAAAUUAACCAACACAGGUGCUGAAGAAUAUCUGCUCUCCAUGACAAUGAAAGAGCCGUCCUUCUGCAUGGCAGACUACCUUGUACUCCAGUUCACAAUCAUAUUGUAUGAAACACACUGUGUUAAACCUUAAAAGGAUAAUUCCACUUCACCUAAAUUGAAUAAUCUCUCAUAAACAUUAGUUAACAGACAAUAAAUCUCAAGCAUAACACCUGUAAAUCACUUUUUAGUAUGCUUGUGAAUCGGUGUCUCAACAGUGAAUUAUUUAGAUUUUUCAAGUCGGUGAACCGUAAAGUGGGUCAGGAAUGACUUCCCAAUAUAGUAAUCAUUAGAUGUACACCUGCAGUGAUGUGAGGUAAUACUUAUUCUUCUGCAAAUUGUCACAGACAGCAAAUGUUUUGAUUUAUAUGUUAUUCAAAAACUAGAGACAAAAACUAAUGUUUCUAUUAUUUUACAAAAUGUAGUGAUACUAUUUUUUAUUGAUGUCAAUCAACGUUUAAUAUAUUAUUGUUGACAAACUGGAAAAACUAUAAACACAAAAUAGAAGUUUGAGUAUCCUGUAUUCUGAAUCAGAAACAGAAAUACUUUUUUUAGUCCCCAAGGGAAAUUGAGAUGUUGCUGUUGCUCUUAUGUAAAAGCAUAAAGAAAUAUAAGAAAAAUAGAAAUAAUGGAGUAUGUAAAAUGUAAAUUAUGUACAUAAUGCUACAAUAUCUAAGUAUAAAUAAAUAAGAAAAAUAAGAAAGGAGAAAUAUGUACAUCAAACCCACAAUAGUGCAAAUAAGAAAUAAAUAAGAAUAUUUCUUGAUGAAUAAAAUAAAAAUGAAUAAAAUACAAUAAAUGUUUCCCCUUAUAGCGAGGUUAUCUGAACUGCAGAUACAGAGAGUAAAGAACAUUUUUUGUGAAAUAAUGAUCUUUACACCAAGAUGCAUCUAGGCAGUCUUUUAAGUUAAAUUCCAGCGGCUACUACUGCCUCCAUAUUUAAGGUCAACGAGUCUGUGUGAGGCAUUUUCAUUGGCUUGAAUGCUGUCAUAAACAGGUGUAUUAAAGGAUUGGAUUGGCUGCAUGCCACCUUUUUCCUGUAUAAUAUUCUUACAUGGUAUUACAUCUUCCUCAAGGACACUCAGUCAGGUCUGAUCAGCCAUUGUGUUUGUGUGUGUGUGUGUGUGUGUGUGUGUGAAUGGCUCUUCUUCUGGAAAACACAUUCCCUUGUUGUUGUAGUUCAGAUAACACAUUUGGUUUUGCUCUGAUGGUUUAAUAUGUGGCUUUCUGUCUUGAUUUGACCAAGCGUUUUUCUAGAAUUUAGUUUUGUCAAAUUUGACACGUAGGUGAAUAUCACCAUGUUUUCCUUUGUCCAUCUGCAGUAUACAGUAUAAGUAUACUUUGGAGGUUGACAGGAUGUCAAUAUUUUUCCAGAAGGGAUUUAGUUCUUGUCAUGUUUGCUCCUUUCAAACAAUCAAACCCCUCUGCUCUUCCUGGAAGAGGCCAGGUGCAGUGUUGUUUUCCAAAGUAGCCAUUUUCCAUCCAACUUGCAGACAGCCACUCCUCGUUGCCUCUAAUUAGCUCUGAUAGUUAAAAAACGAAGAAAAAGAUAUUGAUAAUUAUCUUUUUGCAAGAUUCUCCUGCCCGGCCACGCUGCUUGACAGUUUCUUUCCAUCCGCCCCUUCUGCUUAGCCAAUUUGCUGUCACUUGAUCCUCUUUAUCAUCUGCCGGCCAGAGGAUGCUCCCGACUGGCCGAAAUGCCCGGCAACUGUAACUAAGGGGCAGGCAUAACUGUGCUAAGCUUUUGGUUAAAAAUAAAGAAUAAAUAAAGUAUCCAGAAGAACCUGGAGCCGGGCUGGAUGAGAGAGAGGACUCAUUUUACUGGGGUUAAUUAUCCAAGAUGUUUCAUGGGAUUAUGGAGGUUGAGUGUCAUCUAUUCAUGAACAUUAUAUACUAAUGUAUUUAAGAAAGUGGCGAGCUCAGGCUGACACUAACAGCAAUCGUCUUUCCCUCGUCCCCCAAAGUAGAGACAGCAUAACGGGUGACUCAUGUGUCGUGAAAUGUAUAUUUUGCUAUUUUUUGCUGUGAUAUUUUAUCUCAUGUUAUAUUUUCAAUGCUGUUGGUUGUUUUCAUGUAGGAAUUAAAUAGACCUGGGUGUUUAUUUUUACACACUGGGGCUAGGUAAAUGAAUGGAGGAGGGAGAUUGAGGGGAAGAAGUGGGACUAAAACAGUGAAGGAAAGAAAGGAGGGGGGUGUGGGGGCUUUAGUUAAUAGAAAACCCGACUGAGAGAGAUAAGUAAUAUGUAAAGAGGAAAUGUAUCCAAAUUUACCUCUGGGAGAAAGCCAGAGUGAGAGACAGAAUAAUGUGGCAGGGAGCCUCAGGUGCAGCUGGGAUGGGAGGAGGCGGGGCAAUGAGGGAGAAGCUGAGGGAGAGAGAGCGAGAAAGAGGGAGGGUUCAUGUGUGUGUGUGUGUGUGUGUGGAAAGAGAGAGAGGUUGAGUGUGCAAGCUAGAGAGAUUGUGUGGAGAGGGAGGGAGGGAAGUGUAAGCCAGUCACAGCAUCUCUCCUUCUCACUGCACCAGGGCUGAGGGACUCUUCGUCCCCUCGCUUCCCUCGCUGCAGAUUUAACUCAUUUCCAUCAGCGCAGUCAUCUCUUUUUUUUUUCUUGCUUUUUACUUGCUGCUUUUGACAGAUGCAUUGCAUUCAUCUCUUUCUGUAUGCCAGGAUCUAAGGAUUUAUUUAUCAAAAGCGUGGGUUGUCCUGUUUUAACGGAAUUAAAAGGGGGACGUUUGCAGAGGACAGUGCUUGAAACUGGAACUCUGACUGGGACAUGGUCUUUUUUUAAUGCUGCUGGAGUGGAUUCCCUUUUUGUUGCGCUGCCGGUGUUUUGUUCAGGACGACAUACAUACUGAGAGAGGAGUUGUAGGACCCCAUUCCUCUACAACUAAACACAGCGCAUACUUCAAAGGACUAAAGCAAGUUAGAAAAUCUAUGGUUGCAUUAAGCACUUGAGGAGGUGCUAAGCCUCCCCAGCCAAUGCUUCCGAAUGUCACAACAAAAAUGCAAGUAACACGUUUAUGGGAUGAAUAGAUGGAUUUCCGGUUGAUCCCCACACCCCUCUCUGCAAGUGUCUGCCAUAGGAUUGCGGAGGAGUCAAAGCGAGAGGAGCGCUGAGCUAUUCAGCUGGCCUCUCAUUGCUCCAGGAGAGUCCUUCCACCUGCCUGCAUGGGAGUCUUACAUUCAACACUUUUCAUCAGCUACUGGACUUUUACAUUUGUUUGUCUUUCGCGACUUGCAGUCCAGAACACUGAGAGGCAAGUUUGCACAUUCGGAUUAAAACUUUAAAUCACUUUAAUAGCAAAACUCAUCCAGACAUUUUGACGCACAUUUUUUUUUUUUUUUUUUUACUUCAUUCUGCCGAGGGAUGCCUUGUCAACACAUUUCCCCCCCAAGCGCCGUGUGUGCUGAGAGAGCUGUGACAUUAUCUCCUGCGGAGAUCCCCAUGUUGUUCUAGCCUGUGUCUGUGUUUUGAUUCAGACAAUAGCUGGGCAUGCAUGGGCUCCAGACACUGACCAGAGGACCACCAAAAUAAGGGAAGCCUGCUGUUACAUUGUAAACACACUAGCACCCAUGGCACAGUGAAACUUUGGAUUUAAUUGAAGGGUUGCUUUGCAGAGAUGGAUGUAAUUUUUUUCCCAGACUUUGGUAAACACCAAGACAGACUCCUAAGAAGCUUUUUUCUUUUGAAAGGUAACUGCACUCAGUAAAUUUCAACUGAUCUCUUGGAGUGAAAUGGGAGCUAUAUGCUGCUUAUUUAUUUGAUCUCCUGUGAGGAUCUGUGAAGAGCGCAGAGCAUUGUGCUUUGCUUCAUGCUUUAACCUCUUUGUAUGGUGUCCUCCCUCGCAUCUUCUGUGCUCUCUGCCCUUGUACGGACAGCUUAUGCCCUCAGCCUCCCGGUGGCAACCCUCAUUAGGAUCAGGAGAUGAGGCCACAGACUGGCAGGCAAAGCAGCAGGGAUACUCGCCUUUGGGAUAGAUGCUGGCCACAGCACUAAUGCUACCCUGCUACUCUGGUUUACUGAAGAAGUGCCGGUUUUUUUUUCUCUCUACUCCUGACUGUUACCCACCCACUACUUUCACUAACCAUGAGUGAUUGGAAAAGGAGAGCUAAACGGGUUGUCCUACCCGCCCAGAGGCUGUAUUGAUUUUCCUCCAGUCAGUGUUCAUUUGAUUGAGACCCAGCUAUGUAAGCGUAAGGUGAAAGAGAGAGUGAGUGUGUUAGAGAGAGUAUUGAGCUCGGUUAACUGAAGAAGGCUGCAGACACCGCGCUGUAGAGCGGGUGGGGGGGCAGGCAGUUCUCCAGUUUCAGGCCAGCUGCCUUAUGGGUGACACACCACAAACCUGACCCACCUGGACAGCACCCAGAACAAUGAACCAGUCUGAACUGACAACGGACCCGGUGCUCACUGCCAACAGCAGUCAUGGAGACUUCUUUCCUGGCAGGGCCGGCAACCACUCGUGUCCCUUGGGCUGGGGGCUGAACGAAGGCCUAGAGGCUUGCGUCCUGGAGACUGCUGUCAUUGUACUUCUGACAGUACUUAUUAUUGCAGGGAACCUGACGGUGAUCUUCGUGUUCCACUGUGCCCCCCUGCUACACCACUACACCACCAGCUACUUCAUCCAGACCAUGGCCUAUGCUGACCUGCUGGUGGGUCUUAGCUGCCUGGUGCCCACCCUGUCUCUACUCCACUACCCAGCAGGUGUCCAGGAGCCCAUCACAUGCCAGGUCUUCAGCUACGUCAUCUCCGUUCUGAAGAGCGUUUCAAUGGCCUGCUUGGCUUGUAUCAGUGUGGACCGCUACCUGGCUAUAACUAAACCACUGUCUUACAACCAGCUGGUGACGCCAUGCCGGCUACGAGGCUGCAUCACUCUAAUCUGGGUCUACUCUAGCCUGGUUUUCUUGCCCUCUUUCUUUGGGUGGGGUAAACCAGGCUAUCAUGGGGACAUUUUUGAGUGGUGCGCUCACUCGUGGCCCACCUCUGCCCUCUUUACGGGCUUUGUGGUGUGUUUGCUCUACGCGCCCGCUGCACUCGUGGUUUGUUUUACCUAUUACCAUAUCUUUCGCAUUUGCCAGCAGCACAACAGGGACAUCAGUGAACGGCGGGCACGUUUCCCCAGCCAGGAGAUGGAGGCUGGUGAGGGGGGCGGAGGCGGCGGGCAUCACGGAGGGCACGGACCAGAUCGGCGCUAUGCGAUGGUGCUGUUCCGCAUCACCAGCGUUUUCUAUAUGCUUUGGCUGCCCUACAUAAUCUACUUCCUGCUAGAGAGCUCCCAUGUGCUUGAUAGCCCUGCCCUCUCCUUCAUCACCACCUGGCUGGCUAUUAGCAACAGCUUUUGCAACUGUGUCAUCUACAGCCUGUCUAAUAGUGUGUUCCGCCUGGGCAUGCGUAGGCUCUCGCAGACGAUUUGCUCCUUCAGCCACUGUGCGGCCGAUGACAGGGACUUUGGGGAGCCUAAACCGAGGAAGAGGGCAAACUCGUGCUCCAUCUGAAGGGAUGACUUUUACAGGAUGAGGAUACUGCUGGAAUCCAUGAAUGGGGAACGUGAAUCUUAACAAGCUUAGCAGCUUGUUAACUUUCAGUAACAUUGGCAGGGCUUAACCAAACAGAAAACAAUUUCUGUUGUACCAGCCUGUCAGCUGACACCAGUGACAUUGCCUUGGUCACAAUAAACCAUGGUUUAUUGCAUUACAAGCUUCUCAAGGAGAUGGUGCAGUGUCUAAACAGAGAGAUUUAAAGAGAUGGGCACUCUGUGAUGGCUGUUAUUCUGUGGUAUGUGACUUGGCUGUGGAUCAUAUAGAAAGUAGUCUCCCCAUGGCUUUCUUUGCCUUUACAUCUCUCUGUAUGUCAUCAGCCAGGUCAGACAUAGUGGGAAGACAAAAUUGUAAAAGAUUCACAAAUAGCUCCUCAGACAUCAAAUGUGACCACACUAUUUCAUGGCUGUUAAACUUUGUCAGUGGCUGUGAAUUGGAUCGACCUUCUAUUCGAUGUCUCUGUGCUUUCUGUCGUUAGGAGAGACUAGAUAACCCACACAUAGUCGUGCUCAUACACCUGUUUAAAGGUUGUAAAUGAAUAUUUGACUUUUUAGCUGUAUAAACCCACACGGUGACAAUGACGACAGCCAUUAUGCUGCUGAUAAAUAACAGAUGGCGUAUGGCCUUGACUGUUUUCUAAAGGAAAGUGCGCAGUCCAUUUCUAGUGAAGUAUUUUGUGUUGAGUCUGUAAACAUGAUGUGAGCAGGAGAGCGAUGCAAAAAAGUCAUGAUGUACUGGUCAGGUGUUCUGGCACAUUUUUUUCUAUUAUCAGAGUGAUGGCCAAUGAAAUUUGGAUAAAGUUUACUUUAAAACAUAAUACAUAAUGUAACAGUGGACAGUAAAACAUGCUCCUACAUCACAGCAUUAGACCAAGGACUGCAAAAAUAUCAAAACUUGUAAAAGGAGUGUUGAAACCUUUAAAUCAAAAUCCCCAAAACGAGAAUAAAGUUUUCACUUGACUCAACAUGAUUACUAAUCUAUGAUGUAGGUGGUCAAAUUAUCAAUACAUUUAAGGCAUUCCCUACUGCCGUAGUGUGACCUAUAUCAAAUUUUCCACGGAUGACAUGCUGCUUUCAUUGUUUACCAAUUUAAAUAUUAACUGAUUAUAGUCAGUUACCACCAAUUGUUUGGUGCACCCCCUACUAAAAAGCACCUUAUUUCCAGAAUCAAAGGUGUCGGUUUGACACUGAGGCCUUUAUAUUGAAGACAGUGAACUGAUGCUCUCAGCUUAGAGUUUUUUCCCAAGGUCCACUCUUUGCGCUUAUGAAAUAGCCCAUCAGCACCACCAGCAUUCCCACCAUUGGUGUGGCAUUCCUGAUAUGGCUGUGUUAUGAGUAUUCUGCUAACAGUUUGAUGCAUGAGUGCUCAUGACAGCCAUUUCUAACCAGCAAAUAAAUAUUACACCCCCCCUUCCCUCCGUACUGUAUAUGUAGGGCCAUAUACUGGAUAGUGAACAAACAACAGAAUUUGAAUUAUCUAAUUUUUCCCAUUAUUAUUUAUUUUGCAAAAGGGUUAGUUUAGAAACUGAAUUCUGUAAUUGAGCUGACUUGAGGAUAUCUGAAUGUUGCUUUUUUACCCGCUCAAAAACCUCCCUGAGUCACAUGGGCAAGAAAAAAUAGUGUAGACCUGAAUAUGUAGGCUGGUUUCGGGUGCUUUGCAUCAGUGACACAGUUAUCUUUGUUAAAGAUGAUAGUGGAUUUCAUUUCCCAGCAGCGGUGGACAGAGGCUCAGGUUAAUGUGAUCUGAUCUGUCUGGAGGUCGCUGUGAGGUUAAAACUUAACUGAUCUGAAAUUACAUGCUUAGUUGUGAUAAAGGUUUAAGGCUAUCAGUAGCUUAUCUUGUGGAGUUUUUUUUUAAACUAUUGGUCCGGACAAUCCUCAUUAAUUUUAAUUUGCCCCGCUCUCUUUCAGUUCUACCAAUUCUGUUGCUAAUCUAAAAAAGUUACCGCCCUCAAAUUACAGGCCUCAAUGUCUUACAUACUCCUCAGUGCUUUUGUAAGUGACCACAGAAGUUAGUGUGCUCUUCUCACAGGGUCCAACCUAACUGGGAAUCACACUGUAAAUUUAGUUGAGCUUGUUGAAUUUUCCUUAUCUUUUUUCAUGAUGUCAGUGCCCAAGCAACAGAUGGCUGUGUUGGAGAGUAUAGGUGUUAGAAAUGGAGUCCUUAAUGGAUUUUUUAUGGGCUUCUUAUUGGAGAUAACUCCAUUCUGCAAAUAAAAUACAAUUUUGUUCUUUUACUGUGCCCAUUCCAGCUUGGUAAAUCUAAAGACUGUUCCCCAAUCUGGGGCUUUUGAUAUACAAAGUUCAGAUGAUGUGUGUUGUUAAAGCAACCCACAAACUGCCAUUGGUUAUGAUUCCCAUCUCUUGCGACAGCACAUUAGUAUACAGAAGUCAUUCCAGUCAAUCUACCUUGUACAUUCCCUUGAUCACUGGAUCAGUGUCAAAGCAUAAUUCGUUCCACAUGAAUACAGCCACGUACUAUAGCCAAUAACUGAUACUCAUUUCCCUCUUUGCUCAUGUAGUGUCAUCUGUGGUUUAGGCCUUGCUUGUCGUGUAUGUGUGUCCAUGCUAGAAACCAAGUGACACAGCAAACCCAGCCCCUCGAUAUUGUAACUGCUUAACGGUAGCCCGUGUAAGUCAUUCCUCAUUUUAAAGCUGCAUUUAGUGAUUUUUGAACACAAGGGGCAGAAAGACUCUAAGCCUUUAGCUUAUUAUAUAUUAGUGGCAAGACAUUUGCUUCUUCACAUCCAGCAAAAACAGAGCUACUUGAUCAUUCCAUUCAAGAGUCUUUCUGGCCAUUCUGAUGAAUGUAAGUACAAUAUUGUUUUUUAAGCCAAGGUUUGGUAAACCAACAUCACCAACAGAAAAAUAUCUGUCUCGUUUAGGUUAUCUACAUGCUCCACUUUCUUUACCAGCCAUUCACUCAUUUACUUUGGCGCUCUGCAGUUUUGCAUGAGUUAGGUAGCCCACAGUCAACUUGAAAUGAUCACGUGCUGGGAGUGCCUGCUCAUCUUGUAAUGUAUGUGCCAGCAUUGUUUUGGUUUUGUUGGUUCAAACAACUAAGAUAACCAAAUCCGUGAGGUAAAAGCAGCUGUGUAAAAGCUGCAAUAUUGAUUCUUAGCGGGAUCAUCUGCGGUCAUCACCCUUUAACAUAAUCAGGAGUUGUUUGAGUCAGUGUUAGUAUAAAAAAAUAUUGCUUUAUGCAGCUUUAACGCAUUACAGAUUGUUCUGUAUACGUGCCUAAAGAUGUUAUUUUGUAGGAAAAGUGAAAAAAAGAUGUUGAGAAGUAUUUACUGUUACAUGGACAUGCUGCACUUUUUAAAACAUUUUCCAGCUACAUGAACAUACCUUGUGACCGCGUACACAUCUGAAGGUACAUUGCUGUUGGAUUCAUUUUCCGUGACUUUGUAAUAGUUCAGAUGGUCAAGUCAUUAAUUUAUCACAGUCGAUCUGACUUCUGCCUUCAAGUGGGUACAUGUUCUACUAUCUGACGUCUGCAUCAUACCUGUAAGAUAAGAGGAGACAGCAGAUUUGUCGAAGUCUUGUGAAUGCCCUUCUUUAGCCAUAUGACCUGGCAUAUAUGAGGAAUAGCAGUAGGGAACCACAGCAUAGCCGUGUCAAAUACUAGACUUACGAUGAUAUUCUUUUUAUUUCGAUAGCUCGUGUUUUUUGAUGCUCCUUUGGAGCAUAGUGCAGUGGGUUAGUAGAAGAAAUGUAUAAGGUCUGAAUUAGUGCUGUAUUAUCUUCACAAUGUGGUGACAAACAACUAAAUAACAAACUGUAUAACACGGAAGAAAGCAAAGUUCUGUAAUAGCCUAAAAUAAAAUAGCUCAGUUGUUACCAUUUAAUGUAAAAUUUGGAAUAUACCAUUCAAGUGGAGAUUAUAGUAUUUGCACAAAUAUUCAUUCCUUUGGUGGACUUUUUGUAGCGGGUUAUGUGAAAUGGGUGUCUUGGCUCAAGGUUUCAAAAAUCCAAGAGCCACUGAAUGAAUAUUUAAAGAAAAUAAAUUGUUUAUAUGUGUCUGUAUUACACUGACCAAACUGAAGUGGUAGAAAAUCAAAACUGUUAACUUGUUCAAACAAGUCAUCUUUGGUUUCAUUGAUCGAGUCUUUUAGUAAAAAAGAGUUUUAUUAAUUACAGGAUAAUAUGUAUUUAUUUAUUAAGUUAUGUUUAAACCUUUACACAAUAUACUGUAUAUGAGUAUACUGUAUGUAAAGUGUGUGUAUCUGUUUUUAAUCUGCUGUACAGCCAAAAAAAUCAGACAAAUUCUGACAAAGGUAUGGCGCACCCAUUUGUGUUAAAUCAACUAGGCUGCUGAUGUUUUGAGUAGGAGGCAGAGUGUGUGAAAUUACAUAGUAUCUAUUUUUUUAUUUUGAAAUUUUGUCAAAGACUAUGGUUUUGUCGUUGCUGCCAACCCAAUAAAGGUGAAAAUAGUAGACAUCUGCA